AUUGGCAGCAUUGGUGUCGCCGCUUUGCUGUGCAGUGGGCGUGCCGUGACUGACUCUGGUGCGGCAGGCAUGCUUGUAUCGCCGUGUCGGUGGACUGAGUCGUUUUCUGCACGCAUCGCUUCUGUUUGAUAAGAUGGUUGCGUCAUACUUUUUACAGUGUGUGAGGUGCGUGUGAGCUAGCUUGAUUUUCACUUCGAGUCAACGACGGGCCCCGCUGUUCCUGUGCAAGUGCAAUAGUUUCAGAGACAAGAAAAUGGUAAAAGACGAAAACGAAUCUGUGAUGAGUGAUGGGAAAUCCAUCUGUAAAGCGUUUGUGGCAGGAGGUGUGGCUGGCAUGUGUGCCAAAACAACAGUGGCACCACUGGACAGGAUAAAAAUCCUUCUCCAAGCCCACAACAAACAUUAUAAACACCAUGGCGUGUUCAGCGGCCUGUUGAACAUCGUGCGCCAGGAGCGGUUCCUGGCGCUGUACAAGGGCAACGGUGCCCAGAUGGUGCGCGUGUUUCCGUACGCCGCCACGCAGUUCACCUCCUUCGAGAUCUACAAACAGACAUUCCGCUCGCUGCUGGGCCCCAACAGUCACGUGGGCACGUUCGCGAGCGGCUCUAUGGCGGGCGUGACGGCCGUGUUCUUCACCUACCCGCUGGACACGAUCCGCGCCCGGCUGGCCUUCCAGGUCGCUGGCGAGCACAAGUACAACGGCAUCCUCCACGUGGCCACCUCUAUCGUGCGCGAGGAGGGCGGGCCGCGCGCGCUGUACCGCGGCUUCGCCGCCACCCUGUGCGGCAUGAUACCGUACGCCGGCCUCAGCUUCUACAUCUUCGAGCGGAUGAAGUACACGUGUAUGAAGUACCUGCCGCGGUACACGUGCCACCCGUGCGAGCAGAACACAGGCGGCCUGGUGCUGAGCGUGCCGGCCAAGUUACUGUGCGGCGGCAUGGCGGGCGCGGCGGCGCAGAGCGUCAGCUACCCGUUCGACGUCACGCGCCGUCGCAUGCAGCUGGCCUACAUGUCGCCGGAGACGAGGAAGUUCGGCGACAUGGGCAUGGUGCAGACGCUGCGCAUCAUUCACCGCGAGAACGGCGUGGUGCGGGGCCUCUACCGCGGCAUGUCCAUCAACUACAUGCGCGCCAUUCCCAUGGUGGCCGUCUCCUUCAGCACGUACGAGCUGAUGAAGCAAACGCUCCACCUGGACACGGGCAUCAAGAUCAAGGUCGGCUAGAGGUCACCGGAGGGCCGGCGCGGUGUCAGAGGUCACGGAGACGUCUGGUCUGGGGUGAGGUCAGCUGAAGGUCGGGGGUCAGCGGGGUGAGGUCACCUGAAGGUCGGGGUCAGCGAGCGGAGAUAUAGACCGAGGUAGGCCGUCAAGAUCGGGUAAUGGUGACGUUGCUAUCUGCGACGGUCAAGGUCAGAGUAAGCCAGAGAAAACUGGGGUUCGGUCGGGGUGGGAUGGUUGUGCUUGACCCUGGUCGACAUGGCCACCGCUAGCCGAAAUAUCACCCCUUGGUUGGUUGCGGACUAGCGCGCGUUGGUCGAUUUCCGUCAGCGCUAACCGCGCGACCCGGCGUCGGGCAGCCGACACCAUUCCAUAGGGCGGCGGACCCUGUGACCCCGCGACGAGGCCGAGGAAUGGCGCGACCGUGGCCCAGCGGGGUCAAGGUCGGCCACGAUCCUGACCACCGGAACCGGGGGGGGGGG